UCAGUCACUUUUUUCCCGUCUACCGAGAUACUUUUUGACCGUUGCUUUAGAGAAGGAUGAGUAUCCUCCAACUUGCCGUCAUUGGCACCAUGCUGCUCGGAUUAGUCCAUGGAUCUUCUGAUGCUGGGAACGGCACUAAAUGUAGUGAUGGAGUGGUUGGCAUUGUGUGUGGAAAGACUAUGCACGAUUUACCCUUGAAAAUGAACGAACUCAACAUGAAUGACAUAAAUGAGAUGAGGGAAUUCAAGAAAUAUGUGGACAAUGCGAUCAACUGUAUGACUGCUCUCACAUGCCCGCCAUACACCAAGGAUGCGAAAAAACAGGGGAUUGAGCUAACUGGAAAGUAUCGCCAAACUCUUGUGUAUUUUGCCGAUGAGUUCCCCCAGUGUAGUGAAAAGUUGAAUGCUAGAAAAUCAAAGUGUUUCGACCACUGGGACCUCAAUAAAAUUCGCGCUACAGAUGAGGAAAAGGAAAAUCAGCACAAAAGAAGUGUGACUUGUGAGAAAUAUUUCGGAAAAGGUGACUGUUUGAAGAACGAAAUUACGGAGGCGUGUGGCAAGAAAGAAUGGAAUAAGUUUCGUGAGGUAAAUUUUACUUGAAUACUUUGAAGAAAUAAGAUUUUUUUUUUGCAAAUCACCAAUCUUUCUCUCGGUUUCUACAGUACAUGCGUAUUCAAGAAGGAGUAAAUAAAAGCAAUUUCGAGUUUUAAUAAAUGUUUGCAAAUAGUUUGUUGUUAAUUUUGAGCUAAUGUGAUCUUUUGAAAAUGUUGAUGAAUGCAUAAUACGCAAGAAGACGAAAUAUUAUGUUUAUUAGAGUAAUUUGAUUUAUUGAGACAAGUUUUAAAAAUAAAAUAUGAAUUGCGAA